CGAUUCACAAAUUCUGAUUUUCGUUUUUAAGCAUCGAAAUGUAAAAUGUUGCUACUUCACAGCAGCGAUCUCAAUCAGAAAAAGCUGAAAACCCAAAGAGAAAGCAAAGAAAAUCAUAUUGUUUGAAAAUGGAGAUUGCCUCACCAUCACAAACUAGCUAGGAAAAUUCCCUUUAUCAACAUCACGUAUUUAAUUAUAGAAGGUUGCUUGCUGCAAUAUGCAGCAUAUCUUAUCUUGUCCAUUAACUUAUCGAUUUCUGCAAAAAUUCUUUUAAUACUGCGUGUGUGUGUGUGAAUGGCGAUAGCAUACACGUAACUGUGGAGGUCCACUUGGAGAAAAGUGUGUGACGAUUGCCAAUUAAAUAUACGUGUUUUGCUUGUGUUCAAUUCUCCCAUUUUUCAUUCUUUAAAGCUACCUACAUUUGUUUUCCUUUUUUCUCAAUUUUCUACUUUUGUUCUUGCCGUCUAAUCUGGAAUUCCUCUUAGCCGUUUUUCUUCACCCCCAAUCCAGUUACCGUCUCGGAAUUAUUCCUCAAUUCUGCCGUUUGCGAUCAAUUUCUCGCUGAAUUGUUGUUUUUUUCUUUCUAAAAAGUGUUGAGGAUUUGAGAAGGGGAUAUGGGGAGAGUGUUUGUGGUGAAUCUCGAAGGAAAGAUCUAUAGUUGCAAGCACUGUGGAACUCAUCUUGCGCUGGGCGAUGACAUCGUCUCCAAGUCUUUCCACAGCAGGCAUGGAAAGGCUUAUCUCUUCAGUAAGGUAGCAAAUGUAACGCUAGGAGAGAAGGAAGAGAGGAUGAUGAUGACCGGAUCGCACAUAGUUGCAGAUAUCUUCUGCGUCCAAUGUGGUUCAAUCGUUGGAUGGAAAUAUGAAACUGCUCGCGAAAAGAGUCAAAAGUACAAGGAAGGCAAAUCUGUUCUUGAGCGGUUCAAGAUAUCGGGGCCGGAUGGAAGUAAUUACUGGGUUAGCCACGGAGCACAUUUCGGAGGAAGUGAUGCCGAUGAGGUCUGACUGAAUGAGAGGAUCAUCAUCUUCAACUGUACAUUCUCAAACCUCCCCAUUCUUCUUCUUAGUCCUCUACUUGUGAAUUGCUCAUUGGAUGCUUACUACAAUAAAUCGAUCUUCUUGUACAUACUGUCGGAUUAACAUCUCGUCUGUUGUUGUAACGUUGCUCGAAUCGUGGUUCGUCUAGAUUUCGAUGGCAUUCUCAAGGAACUGACAUUGCUCAUUAGAUCCUCAAGAGCUUAUGUAGAAGACGAGCUGAUGUCUUAGUUUCAUGAUUGUGUAAGAACAUGAACAUUAAUGGUUUGAAUUGGAUGAAAGAACUUCAUACAUUUUCUUGUA